CGUGGUUGAGUCGACACAGCAAAGAUGCAGCGAGAAAAAACAAAUAACUCAGGCGGGGCGGAAAAGCCUGACCGGGAGGCUGCCAUCAUGUCCAAGUACUACGAUGGAGUUGAAUUUCCUUUUUGCGACGAAUUCUCCAAAUAUGAAAAACUGGCAAAAAUAGGACAAGGAACCUUUGGGGAAGUGUUCAAAGCCAAACACAGACAAACUGGAAAGAAGGUUGCCCUGAAGAAGGUUUUAAUGGAAAAUGAAAAAGAAGGGUUUCCAAUCACUGCGCUCAGAGAAAUAAAGAUCCUACAGCUGCUCAAACACGAGAAUGUGGUAAACUUGAUUGAGAUCUGCAGAACCAAAGCAACUCAGUAUAAUCGCUACAAAGGCAGCAUCUACCUGGUUUUUGACUUUUGUGAGCACGACCUGGCCGGGCUGCUGAGCAACACCAAUGUAAAGUUCACCCUGUCAGAGAUCAAGAAGGUCAUGCAAAUGUUGCUCAAUGGAUUGUACUACAUCCACAGAAACAAGAUCCUUCACAGAGACAUGAAGGCAGCCAACGUGCUCAUCACCAGAGACGGCGUACUCAAGCUAGCUGACUUUGGUUUGGCUCGAGCUUUUAGCCUGGCCAAAAACAGCCAGGGAAACCGCUACACCAACCGCGUGGUCACAUUGUGGUACAGACCUCCCGAGCUGCUGCUUGGUGAGCGAGAUUACGGCCCCCCUAUCGACUUGUGGGGUGCGGGUUGCAUCAUGGCAGAAAUGUGGACAAGAAGUCCCAUCAUGCAAGGAAACACAGAGCAGCACCAGCUAACUCUCAUUAGUCAGCUUUGUGGCUCCAUCACUGCUGAGGUGUGGCCAGGCGUGGACAAAAAAUAUGAGCUGUACCAGAAAAUGGAGUUGCCCAAAGGCCAAAAGAGGAAAGUGAAGGAUCGUCUCAAAGCUUACGUCAAAGACGCCUAUGCUCUGGACCUUAUUGACAAGCUGUUGGUCCUGGACCCCGCCCAGCGCACAGAUAGUGAUGACGCCCUUAACCAUGACUUCUUCUGGUCUGACCCGAUGCCGUCGGACCUGAAGACUAUGUUGUCCACACACAACACAUCCAUGUUUGAAUAUCUGGCCCCUCCGAGGCGGAGAAGUCACAUGCCCCAACAGCAGCCCAACAACCAGAACAGAAACCCCGCCACCACCAGUCAGACUGAGUUUGAUAGAGUCUUUUGAGAAACAGACAUUUUCUAUAAAUAAGUACACCACUGAUUUAUACACUGUUUUAUAUUCUUAUCUAAUGAUCUGUUUGUGGGUGAAAAGAGAGACUUCAACUGACAGUAGCCAUGCCAAGAGGUUUAAUAUUUAGCUUUAAAUGUAUAAAUUUUGCUUCUCAUUGAUUUUUGAUUGUCUCACGUGUCUGCUCAUAGCCAUGAAAAAUGUGGGAUAAACCUAUUCCAAAUUUUACACAUGGGCAACUGUGACACUCCCAAAAUCCAAAACAAAAACAUUGUUCCUUCUUAAUUUGAAUAAAAGCAAAACCCAAGCCACCAAAAUCCUGAAAUAUGUUUGUAUGAUAAGACCCCCAAACCCCUAUCGCUUUUGUGCAAUGUUCUUCAACUGAAUUUUAAGACAUAUUCGAAAUAUGACGGAAUAUCGAGGUUUCCGCUGGGCAUUAAAAAGCAUUUAAAGUCAUUAAAUGGAUUUUGCGAAAAUUAAGACCUUAAAUGGCAAUAAAAAGGAUUAAAUAAAAUGUCCAGAGGCAUUAAAUAAAUGUAUUAGAAUAGGACUAGGCCAAUAGUCAAUACGUUAAUCAAUCAAACGAUAAACGAAAAUUAACUUAACGAGUCGGUCAUUUGUAAAUUGCUACAUCUGUCUCUGUUUCUUUUCUUUAGCUUUCAAACUGGAUACAAGAGGUCUUGUAAGCAAGGCCUGAAAGCGUGAAAAGUGCUGCCUCUACGGACACAAAAUCAAACGGCUUUGUUAUUCUCUUGUCAAUGUAGGCUUGUAGUCCUAGGAGCUUUUUGCAAAUUCCUCUCAGUAACGUUUUUUAAAGCAAAACAUAUAACAAGGAAUCCACUGGCUAUCUUAUGUUACCAUUACUGGUUUAACAGAACAACGUUUGACAAUUGUUUAUAUUUUUCACAUUUACAAAGUUUAUGAAAUAACACUUUUUACCGUUCCGAAUAAAAUUAUUGUUGUUUACGGCUGUCAAUCACCCAGUCUCGUCAAAACGUACGCGCAAGGAGCGCAUGCACACAUACAAAAGCAGUCCCAAGCGAAGCAACAGACAAUUUGCAGUCAUGUUGUUAAGACAGA